AUGUCCAAGGCACUUGCAGACCAAGCCGAACAACACAAACAACACAAUCUCGACAACUUUGUCCAGAUCCUCAGUCAUCUCAAUGGCCUCCCUGCUAUGCUCGAGCACAUCGGCUCUAUGCCCGACAUUGUCGCCUUGAACCAAACCAUUGGCCAACAAUCGCAACAGAUCGCUGAUCUCGAGGCCCGUCUCGCAGCUUCGGAAGCCGCACACAAGGAAGAGGCCACAGCCCACACAAGCACAAGAGAAGAAGUCACGCAGCUCAAAGCAGCUUCCGACUCCAAGGACGAACGCAUUUCUCAUCUCAAGUCUCUUCUGGGCAACAUCGACCAAGACGUCAAGGACGCUCGUGGCGCACUGGAAACAAAGGAUCUUGAGAUUUCCAACUUGAAGACCGAACUCUCCAAGCUGAACUCGCUCGUCGCCUUCCAAGACCAGGAACACGCUGCCCUGAGCGACUCCAUUACAGCCAAGGACGACGAGAUCAAGCAACUGCAUGAAGGUCUCGCUGGCAACGACGCCGAGCUCGCACACACAAAGACGGUCCUUGCUCAACUGGAUGCUCAGAUAGAGUCUAAGAACCAGGAGCUGCACUCUCUACGCACCGCCAACGAGCUGACCUUCCGCCAACUGCUCGAGUCGCAAACAGCCAGCAUGGAACAUCUCUUCCAACAGCAGACCCACACUACCGAUGCCCUGACCCAGCAAAUCGUCGAACUGAAGCAACAGAUCCGUCUCCAGCAACACUUGGAGAUUCCCAACACCCUCCUACCUCCAACCCUGUCAGCCCUGCUGUUUCGAUGGCAAGCGCUAGCUGGGGUAUGCCCGGCUUUGGCAUGUUUGGCGGCAAGAAACCCAAGAUGCACAAGCGUUCUCAGAGCCAGAUUGUCGUCAAGGCUCCCCACAAGUUUGAUGUGCCUGUGCCCACCAUGCUUUGAGUUGCCUGAAACACAAGCACCUGUACCUCUUCUCGUUUUUUGUACCCUCUUUCUCUGA